AAGAUAUAACUAAUUAUGAAUGAGGCAGAUAACAAAUACCAGGCGUUGUUCAAGUGGAAACGUCUACAAUACAAUUCUCCAACCACCGAUUCAGCAUUCUCUAUGAUCGAAGAAUAUGACAAAUGGGCAGAAGAUUACGACAAAGAUUAUGGCGCGAUGGGUUACGCUAUACCGGCGCAAUCCGCUGAGAUGCUAAUGCGUCAUUUGGGAGAAAAUUGCAAAUCCAGCAAGAUAAGAAUAAUGGACAUCGCUUGUGGAACAGGGCAGAUCGGAAUUGCUCUCCGCAGUAAUGGUUUUGUCGGUACUCUUCAAGGAAUAGAUGGAAGUGAUAAGAUGAUCUCGGUUGCGAAGAAAACGAAAUGUUACGACGAUCUCAACGUUCAAUUCAUAUAUCCUGAUAAAGAAAUCACUCCAAUCGGAGAAGGGAAAUAUGACGCUGUUUCUUGUUUGGGAGCGUUCAGUUUGUAUCACAUGGAACCUAAAACCAUACGGGUAAUGCUGAAUUUACUGAAACCAGGAGGUAUUUUUAUCUGUUCUGUGCGUGACAGCCCGAACAACCAAACCGUAUUUGAUAUGCUAACCACCGAAAUGAAAACCCUAGAUAAUUCAGGCUUAGUAAAAGAAAUCGAACGAAAGAUGACGAGGCACGGUGUCAAUUGGGAAAUUGAUGAAAACUACUACACCGAUGUUUGCGAUGAGAUGCCAGAGCCAUCUAUUAUGAUGAUAUAUUGUUUACAAAAAUUGUGAAGCUAAUUUCCAAUAAAUACCGAAAAUUUAAAAAUCAAAUAUUAGUAAUUAAAAAUUCCUGACUUUGUUGUACUUUAUAAAUAUUAUUGUAUUGGAGUUGAACGUCACAAUAUGAAUAAAGACAAGAGAGCAAGGUUCGAGUAUAUGGGCACGAAAGGCAAAACGAAGAAGUAUCAAAUCUUUCACAGUAUCGGUAGUCUGACCACGAGAGUACUGAGAUGUUAUCACGAAACCACGGCACGGUAAGCAAUUUUAAAUUUUGAUAACGUCAUCACACAAAACUUCGAAGUGAAAUACGCAUCCUCUACAGCCCAUAUCGAUAUUUUUGAAAUAAACUGAAGGUAAUAGCCUACUAUCGACAAUAACAAGCUUUAACUAAUUUUGAAGCAAUUGGUCCAGUA